GCUCAUGAACUCAGUACCCCAACUAAUGAAGGCCAACACUCCAUACGCCUUCUUAACAACCCUAUCGACCUACACGGCAACCUUGAGGGAUCUAUGGACGUGGACCCCAAGAUCCCUCUGUUCCUCUGUUAGGUGAGAUAUCAGAGUUCUACAAGACCUUGGUGAGGAUGCACCUCGAGCACUGUGCACAGUGUUGGUCGCCCUGCUAUAGGAAAGACAUCAUUAAACUGGAAAAAGUGCAAAGAAGAUUUACCAGAGUGUUAGAGAAACAAAGGUCAGCAGAGGCUGGAAUAUAGAUGGAAAACACGACGAUGCUGGAGGAACUCAGCAGGCCAGGCAGCAUCCGUGGAGAAAAGCAGCCGGUCAACGUUUCGGGCAGAAGGCCGAAGAACAGGACCUCGAGGGUAGCAAUCUCAGGAUUGCUGCCAAUGCCACGUGAUAGUGAAGGAGCUCAUGGAUUCACUUUACUCUUCUCUCCGAAGUGAGAUUGGGAUAUUUGAGAAGCAUGUUCAGAGGUGCAGAGAGUCAUUUGACCUUGUGACCCUGAGUCGGUUUCUGUUAGCAUUGAGUGGAGACGUUCCGGAGAGUGUCGAGAGUCUCCAGUGGGUGAGAGAACAGGGGAGCCACAGAGGCAAAGGUUUCCUGUCGAAUGUCCCUGUGUCCAACGUUGAUGGCUACAUAUCGUGGCUGUACAGUUACAUGGAUUACCUGAAAACGCUGAAAGAGAUAUUCGAUGAAAAGAUUGUCAUCCCUCUCUGUGAAAACCUGUACGUCACUGAGGACACUGAAAGCCUCCGUGUUUCCAGCAACUCCUCAUCAAUGUCUUCUCAGACCAACUUCCACCUCCAACCAGUGGGAUCUGGGGAUCACCCGCCAGGUCAGCCUGAUGUACCAACAGACUCAAUCCCAAAGGUGGCCAAGGAACUGUUCAAUGUGCGGAGAAGGUGGGCUCUCCUUCUCAUCAACGACACCAUCAAAGACAAGCAUUUCAAUCCACAAAGCAUAGCUGACCUCCACAAAGUAAACUGCCCACAGCAUCUUACCAAAGUCUUACGGCUGAUACCUGAUAUCUUCUACAAGAGUUUAUUGGCUGCAGAGCUAUCCGGUCAGUGGGUGGAUCUCCACAAAUGUAGAUACGGUGCGGUGGACCGAGCAGCCCCUGUAACCACCGGUGCUCCACAUGCAAUAGGAAGGGUGUGUUCAGUCAGACAGAAGGAAGAGCCUCAGCACAGGAGACCAAACCACGGGAAAUUACAGGAACAACUUCAGGUGGCCUGGCCGAGUUCCGGUGGGCCUCCUGAUGUCUUUAAAGGUUUCAGAUCAAUGGUGAGGUUGGACCAGGAAGAGUUUGACUUCAUCCUCAGCAGGGAGGGUCGUGUGAACUUCCUGAAGAAACAGACCCAGCAGUCAGAAUCCAGGGUACACCAGCUCCAUUCUCAAUUGGAACAGGCCAACCGGCAAAUCAGGACGAUGCAACAUAGGCAUGACUUUGAAGUAAAGGAGAAAUGCGAGGGGGAGAUGGUGGACAGUGGGUACAGGACAAGGCUCAGACAGGUCAAGGAGCUGCAGAGGCAGCUGGCAUUGGAAAAGUACCGCCACAGCAUACUGCAAGCUGAUUGGCUACUGGAGCUGGAAAUUCGACCAGCUCUGAUCCGUUGCCCAGACGUGGUAAAUGGGGAAUCAUUGAUGACAGCUCAGCAACAGUGCCCCGAGCUCCCACACAGUUACCGUGGUGUCCCGGGCUGGAAUCAUUGAUAGCAGCUCAGCAACAGUGCCCCGAGCUCCCACACAGUUACCGUGGUGUCCCGGGCUGGAAUCAUUGAUAGCAGCUCAGCAACAGUGCCCCGAGCUCCCGCACAGUUACCGUGGUGUCCUGGGCUGGAAUCAUUGAUAGCAGCUCAGCAACAGUGCCCCGAGCUCCUGCACAGUUACCGUGGUGACCCGGGCUAGAAUCGUUGAUGACAGCUCAGCAACAGUGCCCCGAGCUCCCGCACAGUUACCGUGGUGUCCUGGGGCUGGAACACAACCGCCUGAAGUGAUGUUCAGCGCUUCGAACCUUGGGCAGACCCCUCCUGAGUGACUGUGCUGAAGUUGGCCCCCUCCUUGGGGAGCAGGCAUCAACCUGAGAGGGGGGUUCACCAGGCGGACCUGGGCGUGGGGGGUCAACACACAAUCCAUAGGACAGAGUUUGAUUCACUUCAAUUCAGAUAACGUCCAAUCAGGUUAAAGGGAUUAGAAAUGUGGGAGUGGUGGUUGGGAGGGGAGGGGCGUUCCAGAGAAAGGGGGUAAAAUUAGACCUGUUCAGCGGCAACUUCUUCUUCACACUGUCAGUGGAAAUUGGCCUCCACCCCAUCUCUCCCCUCCCGACUCCUCCCCUACUCCCCUCCCCUCCCCUUCCUUUGCAACUCUCCCCUCCCCACCCUUCCACUUCUCCCUCCCCACCCCUUACCUCUCUCCUCCCCUCCCCACCCCCUCCCUCCUGCCUUCCCACCCCCUCCUUCUCCCCUCCCUACCCCUCCCCAUCCACCCUCCCCAUCCUGUGCCUCUCCCCUUCCCUGUCUGACCCCCUCCCUCUCCCUCUCCCCUCACUUCCCCUCCCCUCCCACCGCAGACACUGGGGACAGGAUGGUAACUGGCAAUACUGAACCUCACAGAGGUGGACUGCCUGGGCAGCCAUUCAUACUCUUCCUUAGGUACGGAGACAAGUUCUGUUCACCGUUCUCACCACUGCCCCAUAUAGUCAUAGAGUCACAGAGCAAUACAGCACAGAUACAGGCCCUUCGGCUCAACCAGUCCAUGCCGACCAUGGUGCCCACCCAGAGGGCAGGCACGGUAGUGUAGUGGUUAGCAUAACGUGAUUACAGCGCCAGCGACCCGGGUUCAAUUCUGGUCACUGUCUGUAAGGAGUUUGUACGUUCUCCCCGUGUCUGUGUGGGUUUCCUCCGGGUGCUCCGAUUUCCUCCCACAUUCCAAAGACGUACGGGUUAGGAAGUUGCGGGCAUGCUAUGUUGGCGCCGGAAGUGUGGCGACACUUGCGGGCUGCCCCCAGAACACUCUACGCAAAAGAUGCAUUUCAGUGUGUUUCGAUGUACAUGUGACUAAUAAAGAAAUCUUACCUGCGUUCGGCCCAUAUCCAAGCCCCGCCCCUCCAUGUACCUAUCCAAGUGCUUCUUAAAUGAUACUGUUGUACCUGCCUCACCCACUUCCUCUGGCAGCUCGUUCCACACACUCACCACCCUGUGUGUGGAAAAAGUUGCCCCUCAGCUCCCUUUUAAAUCUUUCCCCUCCCACCCUAAACCUGUGCCCCCUGGUUUUGGACUCCCCUCCCCGGGGAAAAGACUGUUACCGUCAACCUUAUCUCUGCCUCUCAUAAUUUUAAACAUUUCUAUAAGGUCGCCCCUCAUUCUCCUACAUUCCAAGGAAUAAAGACCCAGCCUGGCCAACCUCUCCCUAUAACUCAGGCCCUCGAGUCCUGGCAACAUCCUCGUAAAUCUUCUCUGCACUCUGUCCAGUUUAACCACCUCUGUCCUAUAACAGGGUGACCAAAACUGUAUGUGAGUGCUCCAAGUGUGGCCUCACCA